CUAAAAAUGGCGUCGUCAGCUGCAGACGACACACGUGAAACAACAAGGACAAGCAAUGAUACAGGCCGCUACUAUUCAUAGCAACACCGCAACCGGCUGCCAUGGCUGAUUCUGGAACAAAGAAGGAGGUAGACAUCUACCGAGACACGCUUGUGCGCUACCUAGGCUAUGCUAAUGAGGUUGGAGAGUCAUUCCGUGCCCUGGUACCGGUGAGUGUGGUGUGGGGAAGCUAUGCCGUUGCCACCGCCUACUGCACAGCAGACGCUAUAGACAAGGGCAGGAAGAUGGCGAAGAACCCUAAGGUGGACCCUGCUGAGAAGACUAAGAAGGUUACCCAGGCUGUAGUCGACACGUUUGUGUGGCAGGGUCUGGCGUCUGUGGCCAUCCCAGGAUUCACCAUCAACAGAAUAUGUGCCUUGUCCCUGUUCCUGCUGAGGAAGUCCACCAACCUGCCCCUCCCUGUCAGGAAAUGGGCUACAACCGCGGUUGGGCUGUCUGCUAUACCCGUCAUCAUACAUCCUAUUGACAGGUCAGUGGAUUACUUACUGGAUAACACCUUGCGGAAAUGGCUGGACAUUCAGCAUCACCAUGGUAACUGAACCAUAGAGGACGGCAUAGAAGAUGAAGUCAGCCACAGCAAUAAUAAGUGGUAGCAGCACUUUGGCAGAACGUGCUGCGCCUGCGCG